AUGGAUAACCUGUCUGGUGAUAUCAUUCAUUUGGAGGGGGAUUUUGACAUGGUAGUUUCAAAGAUACUCUCAAACUGGGACUGCUGGACCCAUAAGAAGCCUUUUGAAGAUGGCCAGGAUUCACCUCAGUGCGCGUCUCCUGAGUCAUCGCUCGAUUCAAUGUGCUCUUCACCAGAAACACCAACGAGCUCAAGUGGAUGCAAUACAUUUUUGAAUUUCCCGUGUCCCCAGCAAAAGCACAGUUCCACGUCGCCCAAGAAGCCGCCCAAGCCAAAGAUGUCCACCAAGCGACGCAUGAAGGCGAGUGAGAGGGAGAAGAUGCGGAUGAGAAGCUUGGCAGAUGCUCUUCACCAGCUCCGUGAUUACCUGCCUCCGGACUACAGCCAGAGGGGUCAACCUUUAACAAAAAUCCAAACUCUGAAAUACACCAUCCAAUAUAUCAAUGAACUUUCUGACCUUCUCAGUAGUACGUAA